UUCUUCUUUUGCAGUUGAAAACACGACAGGGAUGAAGUAUCUGGUGCUCUUUCUGGCGCUGGCAGUCUUUGCUGGCGUCCAAGCAGUUAGUCGUUUCCGUCAAGAAUUCCCCGGACCGUACUGUGCGGCGCGUAGGUAUGAUCCCUGCUGUCGCGAUCGUCAGGAUGGCUGUUCACAACCAAUAUCCACGACGCUGUGCUACUGUGAUGAGUUCUGUCAACGAGGUGAGCACGGUGAUUGCUGUCCCGAUUACGAGGAAGUUUGUGAAGGUAUUACUCCUGAACCGGAAAAUGCCACAUCGUGCGUACACAAGAACCAUUAUUUCACACCGUACCAUGACGUCAUAGUGGACAACUGCAAUACUUGCAAAUGCAACUACGACGGAUCGGUCACAUGUACCGAGGAUGUAUGCCUGGUUGAUGACGAUCUUCUGCGCCAGUUGCAACAUCUGGAGCGGUCCGUUGGAUGGAAGGCAACCAACUAUACCGAAUGGUGGGGACGGAAAUAUGACCAAGCAAAGAAGCUUCGCCUGGGUACAUUCUAUCCGAAGGUCCCAGUAAAGGGAAUGAAACGGAUCACGAAUAAGGCUGGCACGUUGCCUAGACACUUUGAUGCAAGUGAGCAUUGGACCGGACUGAUAACUGAGGCUCGGGAUCAAGGAUGGUGCGGUUCGUCCUGGGCCUUUUCCACUGCUACGAUGGCUUCCGACCGUUUCGCGAUCCUUUCGAAGGGACGCGAAAUGAUUCAGUUAGCCCCACAACAGAUGCUUGCCUGCGUGCGUCGCCAGCACGGAUGUAAUGGUGGAUACUUGGACGCAGCUUGGUAUUACUUGCGUAAAAUAGGUGUUGUCGAUGAAGACUGCUACCCUUACAUUGCGGCACAAAAUGUGUGCAAAAUCCAACCGGGCGAUACAUUGAUCACGGCCAACUGUGAACUGCCAGCGAAGGUGAAUCGUACUGACAUGUACCGAAUGGGACCGGCGCUAAGUCUGAACAACGAAACCGAUAUCAUGACCGAGAUCAAGGAUCGUGGAACAGUGCAGGCUAUCAUGCGAGUGUAUCGCGAUUUCUUCUCAUACCGAAGUGGAAUUUACCGUCAUUCGGCCGCAGCCACUCCUGCCGACGAACGUUCCGCUUAUCACUCAGUUCGUCUGAUCGGUUGGGGCGAGGAACGCCAUGGCUAUGAAGUCGUUAAAUAUUGGAUUGCGAUCAACUCCUGGGGCCAAUGGUGGGGCGAGAAUGGGCGCUUCCGCAUUCUGCGCGGAUCAAACGAGUGUGAAAUUGAGAGUUACGUCCUGGCCUCCAACCCGUACGUACAUGAGCACGUCGAGGCUAUACGCAAUGUGGGUGACCUGCAGGAGUUCUACGUCGGCACGGGUUAUGUUCCACAUCCCAGUCGCCGGUACCCACCGUAUGGACGUGGCUAA